GGCGCCGCCACCGGAGCCGAGCUGAGUCGCGCAGCGCGCAGCACUGUCCGCGCAGAGCCAAGCGGGGGCGGCGGGAGCAGCUGCCGGGAUCCUUCAGCUGAAGACGAGCGAUCAGAUCUGGUGGACCCGUGAGCCGCGGAGCCGCGGGGAGCUUACGGGCCCGGUCGCAGACAGAGCUGGCAGCGGUUCCUGGAGGAAAUAGGGCCGAGCGGGCCAGGAGCAGAAGGGAAGGAAGCGCAGGAUCGCUGAUGUCAGAGCAGCCCGGAAAGUCGUGCCGGAGAAACCUGAAGACACCCGGCUUUGAGCCGCCCCGGAGAGACCCUGCGGGACCCCACGCCCCUUCGCAACCGGGUCCCUGCGCGCAGGCGACCGGGACGAAUACGCGAAGACCCAAUCGGGGGCUACCCCAGGAAUACAGGCAAGCAGCCGGCGCGGGCCGAGGAUUUUAAUGAUCCUGGGUUCCAUGUGGACCAGGCUGUUCCUGUGACUCGGGUCAGGCAGGACUGGGCGCACGCUGCCCUGGGCAAUCGCCAGACGAGCGGACGAAGCGGGGACGCAGGGACAGACAGACAGCGCCGAGCUGGAACCAUGUGAGAGCUCAUCUUGAAAAGUGGAGAAACACACAGAGGAGCUGUCCCCCAGCUGUCCCCUUUAGGGAUGGAGCAGAGGAGGUUCCAGUUGCGGGCCAUGCAGGCUGACAACCUGUCUGUGGUAUUGCUCUCUGUGGCCUGGCUCCUGCUAGCCCGUGGGACCACAGGUAUGCCUCAGUUCAGCACUUUCCACUCUGAGAAUCGUGACUGGACUUUUAACCAUUUGACUGUACACCGAAGAACAGGGGCUGUGUACGUGGGGGCCAUCAAUCGCGUCUACAAGUUGACUGGCAACCUCACCAUCCAGGUGGCUCACAAGACGGGGCCAGAAGAGGACAAUAAGGCUUGCUACCCACCCCUCAUUGUACAGCCCUGUAGCGAAGUGCUCACACUUACCAACAAUGUCAACAAACUACUGAUCAUCGACUACUCGGAGAAUCGCCUGCUUGCCUGUGGAAGCCUCUACCAGGGUGUUUGCAAGCUCCUGCGGCUAGAUGACCUCUUCAUCCUGGUGGAGCCAUCCCACAAGAAGGAGCACUACUUGUCCAGUGUCAAUAAGACAGGAACCAUGUACGGUGUGAUUGUGCGCUCUGAGGGGGAAGACGGCAAGCUUUUUAUCGGCACUGCUGUGGAUGGCAAGCAGGAUUACUUCCCGACCCUGUCCAGCCGCAAGCUGCCCCGUGACCCCGAGUCUUCGGCAAUGCUGGACUAUGAGCUCCACAGUGAUUUUGUCUCUUCCCUCAUCAAGAUCCCCUCUGACACCCUAGCCCUGGUCUCCCACUUUGACAUUUUCUACAUCUAUGGCUUUGCCAGUGGAGGGUUUGUCUACUUUCUCACUGUCCAGCCAGAGACCCCAGAGGGCAUGGCCAUCAAUUCAGCUGGAGACCUCUUCUAUACCUCGAGAAUCGUGCGUCUCUGCAAGGAUGACCCCAAGUUCCAUUCCUAUGUGUCCCUGCCCUUUGGCUGCACACGAGCUGGGGUGGAAUACCGCCUUCUGCAGGCAGCUUACCUCGCAAAGCCAGGGGAAGCUCUAGCUCAGGCCUUCAACAUCAGCAGUGAGGAAGAUGUGCUGUUUGCCAUCUUCUCCAAGGGGCAGAAGCAGUACCACCAUCCCCCUGAUGACUCUGCCCUAUGUGCCUUCCCCAUCCGGGCCAUCAACUUGCAAAUCAAGGAGCGGUUGCAGUCUUGCUACCAUGGAGAGGGCAACUUGGAGCUCAACUGGCUGCUGGGAAAGGAUGUACAGUGCACCAAGGCGCCAGUCCCCAUCGAUGAUAACUUCUGUGGCCUGGACAUCAACCAGCCUCUGGGAGGCUCCACUCCUGUGGAGGGACUGACCUUGUACACCACCAGCAGGGACCGCCUGACCUCUGUGGCCUCCUAUGUUUACAAUGGCUACAGUGUGGUGUUUGUGGGGACUAAGAGUGGCAAGCUAAAGAAGAUUCGAGCUGAUGGUCCCCCCCAUGGUGGGGUCCAAUAUGAGAUGGUCUCUGUGUUCAAAGAUGGGAGCCCCAUCCUCCGGGACAUGGCCUUCUCCAUCAAUCAGCUGUACCUAUAUGUCAUGUCUGAGAGACAGGUCACCAGGGUCCCUGUGGAAUCAUGUGAACAAUAUACAACUUGUGGAGAGUGUCUAAGCUCAGGGGAUCCUCAUUGUGGCUGGUGUGCCCUGCACAACAUGUGCUCUAGAAGAGACAAAUGCCAACGGGCCUGGGAAGCAAAUCGAUUCGCUGCCAGUAUCAGCCAGUGUAUGAGUCUUGAGGUGCACCCCAACAGCAUCUCUGUGUCAGAUCACAGCCGGCUGCUCAGCCUGGUUGUGAAUGAUGCUCCCAACCUCUCUGAGGGUAUCGCCUGUGCCUUUGGGAACCUGACUGAGGUGGAGGGGCAGGUGUCUGGGAGUCAAGUCAUAUGCAUCUCACCUGGACCCAAGGAUGUCCCUGUCAUUCCUCUGGAUCAAGACUGGUUUGGCCUGGAGCUGCAGCUGAGAUCCAAAGAGACAGGAAAGAUCUUUGUCAGCACCGAAUUCAAGUUCUAUAACUGCAGUGCCCACCAACUGUGCCUGUCCUGUGUUAACAGCGCCUUCCGCUGCCAUUGGUGCAAGUACCGGAACCUCUGCACACAUGACCCCACCACCUGUUCCUUCCAGGAAGGCAGGAUCAAUGUUUCAGAGGACUGUCCACAGCUCGUGCCCACGGAAGAGAUUCUGAUCCCAGUUGGGGAAGUAAAACCAAUCACUCUUAAAGCCCGAAACCUGCCCCAACCCCAGUCUGGCCAGCGAGGCUACGAAUGUGUGCUCAACAUUCAAGGGGCUGUCCACCGGGUCCCUGCCCUACGUUUCAAUAGUUCCAGCGUGCAGUGCCAAAACAGCUCGUACCAGUAUGACGGGAUGGACAUCAGCAAUCUAGCAGUGGACUUUGCUGUGGUGUGGAAUGGCAACUUCAUUAUUGACAACCCUCAGGACCUGAAAGUACACCUCUACAAGUGUGCAGCCCAGCGGGAAAGCUGUGGUCUCUGCCUCAAGGCUGAUCACAAGUUCGAGUGUGGCUGGUGCAGUGGUGAGCGCAGAUGUACCCUCCGCCAGCAUUGCCCCAGCACUUCUAGCCCCUGGCUCGACUGGUCCAGCCACAAUGUCAAGUGCUCCAACCCCCAAAUCACAGAGAUUUUGACAGUAUCAGGACCACCUGAAGGAGGGACUCGUGUGACCAUCCAUGGAGUGAACCUGGGCUUGGACUUCUCUGAGAUCGCUCACCACGUGCAGGUGGCUGGAGUGCCCUGCACACCCAUCCCAGGGGAAUACAUCAUCGCUGAGCAGAUCGUCUGUGAGAUGGGCCAUGCCCUUAUGGGUACCACAUCUGGGCCUGUGCGUCUGUGCAUUGGGGAAUGCAAGCCAGAGUUUAUGACCAAGUCCCACCAGCAGUACACUUUUGUGAAUCCUUCUGUGCUGUCACUCAGCCCAAUCCGGGGACCAGAGUCAGGAGGUACCAUGGUGACCAUCACAGGCCAUUACCUUGGUGCUGGGAGCAGCGUGGCAGUGUACCUGGGCAAUCAGACCUGCGAAUUCUAUGGGAGGUCAAUGAAUGAGAUUGUCUGUGUUUCACCUCCGUCAUCCAAUGGACUGGGACCAGUCCCUGUCUCCGUGAGUGUCGACAGAGCCCGUGUAGAUAGCAGUCUACAGUUCGAGUACAUAGAUGACCCACGGGUCCAACGUAUUGAGCCAGAGUGGAGCAUCACUAGUGGGCACACACCCCUAACCAUCACAGGCUUCAACUUGGAUGUCAUUCAGGAGCCAAGGAUCCGAGUCAAGUUCAAUGGGAAAGAAUCCGUCAAUGUAUGCACAGUGGUAAACACAACCACCCUCACCUGUCUGGCACCCUCUCUGACCAGUGAUUACCGUCCAGGUCUGGACACUGUGGAGCGGCCAGAUGAGUUUGGAUUUCUCUUUAACAAUGUCCAAUCCUUACUUAUCUAUAAUGACACCAAGUUCAUUUACUACCCCAACCCAACUUUUGAACUGCUCAGCCCCACUGGAAUCUUGGAUCAGAAGCCAGGUUCACCCAUCAUCCUGAAGGGCAAAAAUCUCUGUCCUCCUGCCUCCGGAGGGGCCAAACUCAACUACACAGUAAUGAUUGGAGAGACACCUUGUACAGUCACUGUGUCUGAGACCCAGCUGCUCUGUGAACCUCCCAACCUCACAGGACAGCAUAAGGUCAUGGUUCACGUGGGCGGGAUGGUGUUCUCCCCUGGCUCUGUGAGUGUCAUCUCCGACAGCUUGUUGACCCUGCCAGCCAUCAUCAGCAUCGCAGCUGGUGGAAGCCUCCUUCUUAUUAUCGUCAUCAUUGUCCUCAUCGCUUACAAGCGCAAGUCUAGGGAAAAUGACCUCACACUCAAACGGCUCCAAAUGCAGAUGGACAACCUGGAGUCCAGGGUGGCGCUGGAGUGCAAGGAAGCUUUUGCGGAGCUUCAGACAGACAUCAAUGAACUAACCAGUGACUUGGACCGAUCAGGAAUCCCUUACCUGGACUACCGUACCUAUGCCAUGAGAGUCCUGUUCCCAGGCAUUGAGGACCACCCUGUUCUGCGGGAGCUGGAGGUACAAGGAAAUGGACAGCAGCACGUGGAGAAAGCCCUGAAACUCUUCGCCCAGCUUAUCAACAACAAGGUGUUCUUGCUGACCUUCAUCCGCACACUGGAACUACAGCGCAGCUUCUCCAUGCGAGACCGUGGGAAUGUGGCCUCUCUCAUCAUGACAGGUCUUCAGGGUCGCCUGGAAUAUGCCACGGAUGUUCUCAAGCAGCUGCUCUCUGACCUCAUUGACAAGAACCUGGAGAACAAGAACCACCCCAAGCUGCUUCUCCGCAGGACUGAGUCUGUGGCGGAGAAGAUGCUGACCAACUGGUUUGCUUUCCUUUUACACAAGUUCCUGAAGGAGUGUGCUGGGGAACCACUCUUCAUGCUAUACUGUGCAAUCAAGCAGCAGAUGGAGAAAGGCCCCAUUGAUGCUAUCACUGGUGAGGCCCGGUACUCCCUGAGUGAAGACAAGCUCAUCCGGCAGCAGAUCGAGUACAAGACUCUGAUCCUGAACUGUGUCAACCCUGACAAUGAGAAUAGCCCAGAGAUCCCCGUGAAGGUACUAAACUGUGACACCAUCACUCAAGUCAAGGAGAAGAUCCUCGAUGCUGUAUAUAAGAAUGUUCCCUACUCCCAGCGGCCAAGAGCUGUGGACAUGGACCUGGAGUGGCGCCAAGGCCGGAUUGCCAGAGUGGUAUUACAGGAUGAGGACAUUACCACCAAGAUAGAGGGUGACUGGAAGCGGCUUAACACACUGAUGCAUUACCAGGUGUCAGACAGAUCAGUGGUGGCUCUGGUCCCUAAGCAGACCUCUUCCUACAACAUCCCUGCCUCUGCCAGCAUCUCUCGGACAUCCAUCAGCAGAUACGACUCUUCCUUCAGGUACACAGGCAGCCCAGACAGCCUCCGGUCCCGGGUUCCCAUGAUCACCCCAGACCUGGAGAGUGGUGUCAAGGUUUGGCAUCUGGUGAAGAACCAUGACCAUGGUGACCAGAAGGAGGGCGACCGGGGCAGCAAAAUGGUGUCUGAGAUCUACUUGACCCGGCUUCUAGCCACCAAGGGCACCCUGCAGAAAUUUGUGGACGACUUGUUUGAGACCUUGUUCAGCACUGUGCACAGGGGUAGUGCUCUCCCCCUAGCCAUCAAGUACAUGUUUGAUUUCCUGGAUGAGCAGGCAGACAGACACAGUAUCCACGACACAGAUGUGCGGCACACCUGGAAAAGCAACUGCCUUCCACUUCGUUUCUGGGUGAAUGUCAUCAAGAACCCUCAAUUUGUAUUUGACAUCCACAAGGGCAGCAUCACAGAUGCUUGCCUCUCUGUGGUAGCCCAGACCUUCAUGGACUCCUGCUCCACAUCAGAGCACCGACUGGGCAAGGACUCACCUUCCAAUAAGUUGCUCUAUGCCAAGGAUAUCCCCAGUUACAAGAACUGGGUAGAAAGAUACUAUGCAUAUAUUGCCAAGCUCCCAGCCAUUAGUGACCAAGAUAUGAAUGCCUACCUCAUGGAGCAGUCCCGCCUGCAUGCCACAGAGUUCAAUAUGCUGAGCGCCCUCAACGAGAUCUACUCCUAUGUCAGCAAGUACAGUGAGGAGCUCAUCGGGGCACUAGAGCAGGAUGAGCAGGCCAGACGGCAACGACUGGCCUACAAGGUGGAGCAUCUCAUCAAUGCCAUGUCCAUAGAGAGCUGAAAGGAAGACAUUCUGUUCCUGGAAGAGAGACUCAUACAAGCUAUCACACUGGCCUCUCAAAAGGAAGAUGGGAUGAGUGAAGGGUAUCAGGCCCCAGAGCUGGCUGUCCUCUAAAAUCUCACCAAGGGAAGAAAGAAAGGCUCCUCUGUCAAUGGCAGCCAUGUUUCUUCAUAGCCGGUUCCUUCCAGAAGGACAGUGAACACCACCCAUCACAGUGUGAGCUCAGGACACUACGGGCAAGGAGAAGGUGGCCCUUUAAGCUGAGAGGCUUGAGCCAAAUGGUUCUGCCUCUGUGACUGCUGCUUUGCAUGAAAACUCAUUUGAUGUAUAUUGGGAAAUAAUGAGAACUUUAUUUAAUUUUUUAAGAAAAAGGGAAAAAACAGAAAUAAAACAAAACAUAAAUCUCCCCUGUCCAUCCCGUCCAACUUUUGUUUAAUUCGGUUUCUGUUCCCUUCUCAGUAAUAUUUCUUCUUCUGUAACAUCUCUUUCUCAAUGUCAGAAAAAUGCCUGAGAGAUGCUGAGUAGAACCAGUUUGGAAAUGCUCUCCUCUCCAUUGAACUGAGAGGAAGAAGGAGAGGCAGGAAGGAGUAGAAGUUCUUACUAAACAUUUGGCAAAUUAGCCAGGAAGACCUGGAUCCCACCACAGCCAGAUGCACCUGAGAACUGCACGCUUUUGUGGGACUUUUGGAAGCUGAUCAGAUCCACCUGCUAAUAGGAAACUGCCUUCCAUGCUGUGCCCUUGUGUAUCCUCAUCUCCUAAGAGGAGGAAGUACCCAACAAGGACCUGUGGGAACACCUUUUCUUUGUUUUACUUAGUCCCGAGCCUCAGCAAGUGAGGAGUUGGGCUUUGGUACUUUUCCUUUUGGUUUCCUUAGAAUUGAUAACAGAAAUGGAAGAGGUGAGACUUUCACAGAACAGCCACCUCCUCCCUAAGGACUCUGAACAGAGCCCCACAAGCCAGGCACCUGGGGACUGUGCAGACCAGGUCUCCUAGACCUGAGCUGAAUGGGGAGCAUGGGUGUUUGACUUUGGAUUCUACUCAACCAUCCACUAGUUUACGGCAAUUAAAAAGAAAACAAACUCAAACACUGUUUACAGUAAGCAAUACUUGAAGAGUGUAGGUUUAAAAAGCAGCAGUAUUUAUUAUUAUAUUUUCUUUUCUCUUGUGCCUGGAGAGGGGAGGCCAACCUUCGCUCAUACCCAGAAGCCCCUGACCAUCUGGGCAUACUGCAUUUGCCUCAGUAGAAAUGAUCGUGGUAGCCCAUCAUCUCUAUCUGUCAUGGAAUCAUGGAUGUGAAAGUCUAUUGCUUCUGAGAAGGCACUUGUCCUUCCCUGUGUCUCCUGAUACCUGAUGCCAUAGAUAGCCAGCCUUCCUGAGUAUAGCUUCCAAGCAAAGAUCAAGGCUCCAUCCUUGGGCCCAGAGGCAAGCUUUGUGGUAGCAGGACAAGAAAUUCAACUGGUAAGCCCUCAGGGAAUUUAGUUCUCCUGCCUUGGCAUGGCCCCUAGCAGCCAGUUCUCAACAGCUUUGCAAUUAGCGUCCGUCUCAAGGUAGGGUAGCAAGAGGAAGACAAAGGGUGGGCAUAAGGGAACAGUGAACGUAUGUCCCCUAAGAAGGCAUGAGCCUUCUACUUUUUAAGGGGUCAGGAAUGCCAGGCUGUAGGGCUGGGAAAUGGGGCUUACUAUCCCAACAGAGUUGGCCCUGGGUUAUUUCCUUCACAAUUAACUCAGGCCUCAGCUUAUUUCUCCAGUUGAUUCCAGUUUCUGAGACUCUGCUGACCAGAUGUGACUGCCUGCACAGGGCAAAGAAGAAAGUCAAGAAGGUGGCUUCCAUGCAAUGUAUGUGUCCUCGGAUGGCUGUCUCACACACAGCUGAUGCUGUCUGGGCUGUUCAGCUUGUUUCUUGCCUGAAUGCAACUGACAAGUGGAGAGAGAAAAGCAUUCAGCAAAAUACUCAGGAAACUUGCUGAUUUUAUGAUGAUUCACAACCAGCCAUGCCAAGGCCACUUUUCUUCUGAUAAUUUACUCAUGUUAAAGUUUUUCCGGGACAUACCAAUAGCCUGGAAAGAAACUAAUGACUGGCCUUCCACACCAAGCCAAAGUGUUUGCUCCUCAUAGCACCCAAAGCUUAUCAUCUUAGAGCCUGUAAUUUAUGAAAAUGAAAGAAGUGAUGUAGUCAAAACAAGAAUAGGAACAGAAGACAGGAUAAACUCUGGCCUGCCUAUUUCUCCAUCCCAGCACUGUUGAAGACUUUCUGAGCAGCUGCUACUGCUUGAGCUGAUGUCCAGAGCGCCGUUUCAUCAAGAAGUAAAAAA